UGGAGCCAGUGUUCUGUUGUUGUUGUAGAAGUUGUUCCGCAUUACCCCCGGUAUAUCCCCGGUAUAUCCCCGGUAUUAUCCCGGUAUUAUCCCGGUAUAUCCCGGUAAAGCAGGAACAUUGCUUGGUGCAGCUGCAUUGGUGAGAAGGCUCAGGAGGAGGAGGAGGAACUGCGGGACGUGAUGACUGAGAAGGAAACAGAGACAGAGAAGAUUAUAACAGAUGCAAUGGCUAAUCCUUCUCCUGCAAAGAGCAUGGGUGACCCUGGAAUCACCCCACUGUCUCCUUCACAUACUCAGCAGACCGACACAGACCAGAUGCCGUCGGGGCCUUCCUUCGUGGUGGUGGUUGCCAUUGAUUUUGGCACCACGUCCAGCGGUUAUGCUUACGCCUUCACUAAGGAGCCAGAGUGCAUUCACACUAUGAGGCGUUGGGAAGGCGGGGACCCUGGGGUGUCCAAUCAGAAGACUCCAACCACGAUCCUGCUGACUCCGGACAGGAAGUUCCAUAGUUUUGGCUACGCGGCCCGUGACUUCUACCAUGACCUGGACCCCAGCGAGUCCAAACAAUGGCUCUAUCUGGAGAAAUUCAAAAUGAAGCUCCACACUACUGCAAAUCUGUCUAUCGACACAGACCUCCAUGCAGCCAAUGGGAAGCGAGUGAAAGCUCUGGAUAUCUUUGCAUAUGCAUUGGCCUUCUUUAAGGAGCAAGCACUAAAGGAGCUGAGUGAUCAGACAGGCAGUGAGUUUGACAACAAUGAUGUGAGAUGGGUGAUCACUGUUCCUGCCAUCUGGAAAAUGCCUGCAAAGCAGUUCAUGAGGGAAGCUGCCUAUAAGUCUGGUCUGGUGUCCCGUGAAAACCCAGAGCAGCUGAUUAUCGCCUUAGAACCAGAGGCAGCAUCAAUCUACUGCCGCAAGCUCCGCCUCCACCAGAUGGUGGACCUGGGCAUCCAUACCACCCAGAACGGCUGCAGCCCCACCGACAACGUGGGCAGUGGAAUGACCCAAGCAAAGGAGCAUGUUCGGCGCAACCGACAGAGCCGCACCUUUUUGGUGGAAAAUGUCAUAGGGGAACUUUGGUCGGAGCUGGAAGAAGGUGACCGUUAUGUGGUGGUGGACUGUGGGGGAGGAACAGUGGACCUGACUGUUCAUCAGAUCCGUCUUCCAGAGGGACACCUAAAAGAGCUCUAUAAGGCCUCAGGUGGUCCAUAUGGCUCCCUCGGCAUUGACUUUGAAUUUGAGAAGCUAUUGUGUAAGAUCUUUGGCCAGGAUUUCAUUGACCAGUUUAAGAUCAAGAGGCCGGCCGCCUGGGUGGACCUGAUGAUUGCGUUUGAGUCUCGGAAGAGGGCAGCAGCCCCUGAUAGAACCAACCCCCUCAAUAUUAACCUGCCCUUCUCCUUUAUUGACUACUACAAGAAGUUCCGGGGCCACAGCGUGGAACACGCCCUUCGCAAAAGCAAUGUGGAUUUCGUGAAAUGGUCGUCUCAGGGGAUGCUGAGGAUGAGUCCAGAAGCUAUGAAUUCCCUCUUCAAGCCCACCAUAGACCACAUCAUCCAACAUCUCACUGAGCUCUUUGAGAAGCCGGAGGUGAGCGACAUUAAGUUCCUGUUCUUAGUGGGAGGUUUUGCUGAGUCUCCCCUGCUUCAGCAAGCUGUCCAGGACAUGCUCCAGGGCCGCAGCCGCAUCAUCAUACCCCACGACGUGGGCCUCACUAUUCUGAAGGGCGCUGUGCUGUUCGGCCUGGACCCCAGCAUCAUUAAAGUGCGUCGCUCGCCUCUCACCUACGGGGUGGGCGUCCUCAACCGCUUCGUGGAGGGCAAGCACCCGCCGGAGAAGCUGCUGGUAAAGGAUGGCACGCGCUGGUGCACCGAUGUCUUCGACACCUUCAUCGCCGCCGACCAGUCAGUGGCGCUGGGCGAGAUGGUGAAGCGGAGCUACACUCCGGCCAAGCCCUCUCAGCAGGUCAUCGUCAUCCACGUCUACUGCUCCGAGAAGGAGAAGGCGGGGUUCAUCAGCGAGCCCGGCAUCCGGAAGUGUGGGACACUUCGCCUGGAUGUGAGCGGAACGGAAAGUACGGCGCCGCGCCGCGAGAUCCAGACGCUCAUGCAGUUUGGUGACACGGAGAUUCGGGCCAUGGCAGUGGAUGUGUCCACCGGACGCACCGUUAAAGCUAGCAUUGACUUCCUAAGCCAUUAAGAAGGGAACGAGAGAGCUAAUGUUGUAAUUGUUAGAACCAAUGGGAAUGGAAACAUACAGCUUGCACACACACACACACACACACACACACACACACACACACACACACACACACACGCACACACACACACACACACACACACACACACACACACACACACACAAACAAACUAGGAAUAUUUACUGUAAAGUGGUUAAUGAUGAAGGCUUAGUCACUCUCAGUUGAAAAGUGUUGGUGGUAAAUGGCUUGAAUGUAGAAUCCAUAAGAAAGGGAAAAGACAGUCUGGAUGGGUUCUUUGUGUUCUGGGUCCUGUAGUCUAACUGCUGUUCACACUCAUAUCACACCCACAGACCCCAUGCUGAGGCUACAGCUCCAGGGACAGGAAAGAUAAAGGCCAUAAUGUAUGUAAAGGACAGCUUUUCAGAUCUUCCCUCUGUGCUUUCUCAAAGCCAGAAAAAAAACAAGACAUACAGUAUUUUACUAACAUGGUGGAUCCACAUUCAGAAUGCAUCUUUACAUUCUUCACUUUAUGUUUGUCAGAUUACAGCAGAUCAUUGCUUAUCUGUGCACUACAAAACAUUUGUAUGCACAUACAGGUCGUACUAACAUGUCAUCAGUUUGGAUGGAAGGUCCUAACACUCUUCAUGUGCUUCAAGAAAGACAUCCGCUCCCCCUCACUACAGUGCUAAAGGUCAUACCAGUGGUUUUGCAUGAUUCAACCGUU